CCCUGCGCUUCAUAAAAGAAAACACCUGCAUCUGUUACUAUCCAGUUGCAAGUUGCAUAUGAUGACUCUCUGGUUCUUCUCUCAUCAUGAGAAUAUCUGACUGAAUCUGGCAACUCUUAUCGUACCCUUUUCUCCACCAGUCACUUUGAAUUUAAUUUUAAUCCACUCUAUUAAAUUUCUUCUUUGCGGCUACUGCCAAUUGCCUAAUACCCGCAAAUAUGACAGAAUCGUAUCUUGUGAGAUGCUAGAAGCUGUUGGCCAUGAGUUUAUGGAAGCCUUUUUUGGUUGCUGUGAAUCAGUAUUAGCAGAAGAUGGGCUUCUUCUUCUGCAGAAAUUUGGUAACUGCGGUGUGGAGGACCUGGAGAACAUAGGGAUUCAUUACUACCAAACACUCAGAUACUGGCGAAAGAAUUUUCUCGAGAAGCAGAGCAAAAUCCUCAGUCUCGGGUUUAGUGAAAAAUUCAUUCGGACAUGGGAAUAUUACUUUGAUUAUUCUGCUGCUGGUUUUAAGACACAUACACUCGGAAAUUAUCAGGUUGUAUUAUCACGUCCCGGCAAUGCUGCAGCGUUUGAUAAUCCAUAUCAAACUAUGCCUUCAGCAUGUUGAUUAUGUUCUCAAAGGAGAGACAAUGUUCAUAUUCAUGCCUGGACAAAACUAUAGUCGAUUCUUUCUUUUUUGGUGAUCAUUCUAAUUG